AUGGACAAAAAAAAGCGCAGUGGAACAUCCUCCACCUUCAAGGAAAUCCAAAGCUUCAGCAAAUCCUACCUGGACCUGAGCAAUUACAGUAAAGAUAAUUACCAAAAACAAAAUUCCAUUAACAAUACAAAUGAGGUCUUUGAAUUCUUUACCAGCAUAACCAACAACCAAAAAGACAUAAGCAAAAAGUAUGAACAAUUAUUUUCCUUAAUUAAAAAAUUUGGGAAGGAAAUUAAAUACCUCCUAGCAAAAAAUGACGAGUAUAAUAGUAUCCUCAUCGACACCAAAGAAUGUGUGAAAAGGAUAAAGGCCAAAAUUAGUGGGGAUUCCUGCGAGGAGUUCGAGAAUUUAGAGGAAGAACUGCUGAAAGACAAAAACAACAUCGACGUGAUAAGCAGAAUAGUGACCUACCUCUGGGAAGAAAUAGGGUACUACAGCAAAAACUCUAGUGAGUGGAAUAAAAAAAUCGAGGAGUUAAAAAAGUACAUCGGGAGCAAAGAUGAAUUCAUAAAGCUAGAAAGGAAACUAACCGUAACAAGUGAAGAACUGAAAAAGGAAAUGAUCGAUAAUAUGAGUUCCCUUAGAGAACAACAAGAUUUGAAAAUGAAAAUUAAGGAAGAGAGAAAUAUUUACAGAAAGGAUAUCCAAAAUGUGCACGAACAAAUUCUCUAUGUCAUUCUAAAAUUUCUGUUACGAGAUAAAAGAUAUAAAACUCAGAAAUAUUUUUUUCUUUUCUGGUUGAAUACAACUAGAAGGCGGAAGGAAGCGACAAAUCAAAUGAUAUCAUGCCUUGGGAAAAAGCUGCACUGUCUAUUAUACUUUUGCUUCAGAAAAUUGAGAAGCAAUUCGUUCGAAGGGCAUUUAAUUGAUAAGGUUAUGAGCCUGGUCGAUUUCCCCUUGCAUGGGAACGGUGACCAAGGAAGCCCCCAAAGGAGCGUCCCCAGCAAAGCAGGACGCGAUUACGAUUAUAACGGAAAUGCCAAUGAGACUGGCAAUCGCUACAGCAGUGGUAAUCACCAAAACAGUGAUCAUUACCGAAACAGUCGGAAUACCUUGCGUAGCACGCCGCAGGAGAGAAAGAAAAGCAGCGUAUUUUCCAACCUAGUGAACAGCGACAAAACACGAGAUGGUGAUAACAUGUCUCCUGUCAGUUAUGACCACGUUAAUAGUAUAUCAAGGAAGCGAAGCGAAUCGAUGCUUUUUUACAAGACGGAAAAUAGCUCUGCCACGCAAAAAAGUGAUGUAGCGACAAACUUGUAUGAUCAGUCUGGGGAUUUUUCAUCCGGGAAGAGGGACACGCAGCAGUUUGCAAAUGAUAGCGAGGAUGGAGAGAGGGAUGGCGGCAACGACGGCCGCAUGGGCAGUCGCAUCGGCGCGAAUGGCUCAUACGGGAAGAAUGGGUCUUACCAAAAAAAUGCCUCCUACGAACAAAAUGGCCCAUACGAUAGGGACGCAGAUCACAACAGCAACUACGCAUACCAGAAGAACAGCCUGCCCGCGCCAAGCCAUGAGCCGCAGGAAUACCCCAGCAGGAAGUCGAAUGAGCACGCUGAAAAGAUGUACGACAAUUUAGCACGCCAAAUGAGGGACAAGGCAGACAGGAAAAGCGUAGAAAUGAUACACCAAACAAUAAAAAAAUUGAAUAAUAAAAUUAAUGACAUAAGAGACACACUGGACAAGCAAAACAAAAUAAUGACCAAUGACGACAUGCACAAAAUUUUCCCACAUGAAAAGUCUUCUCAAAAUAGUAAAAAUUAUUCAAAUAAAAAGCACUCCGAUCUGAACUGUAACCUCUCGCUAGCCAACAGUUCGUUAAACCUUCCCCCAGAAAGAACGUUAAGUGAAUAUUUAAUAAAUAAGAACAAGUCCAGGAAUACAAACACUGAUGAGUUGAACAGAACAAAGGGGUUGAGGAAGCAAAGUGAGCAAUUCCAAAAAAUGAGUGAAUAUAACAACUUCCCAAACAAAUAUGACAACCAUUCACACAAGAAGAGCUAUGAAAAUAUGGAAAAGUGGAACGUAAAUAACGAUAAAUAUUCCCACAGCAAUUCUAUGAAUAUGACAAGUGUUGACGAGAGUUACCUUUACCAGAGGCACUCCAAAAGCACCGCUCGCAGUGGUUCCCAUCUGAAGAAUGAUGCCAGCGUUCUCGGUAGCAACAUAGGAAGCGGCAUCGGAGGAGGCCAAUACAGCAGCGCGUGCAGCAUCAAGGGAGAAAGCAAGCGUGGAAGCAGGGGAAACUCCAGAGGUGAAACAAGAACCGAGUCCAGACGGAACUCCAAGCAUGAUUCCAAACGAUACCCAAAAAGCGACAGCAGGGAGGUGAAAGCCGCGCACAAUACGCACCACGCGACCAGCAGCAGACGGGACUUUAUCGAAAAUAGCAAUGCAAGCUCUUCCCCGUCGGAUAUUAAGCUCAUUCUCAGGACUGGAGGAGGCUUUCGAAAACUAAGUGAGAACUGCCAAAAAAAUUAUAUAGAAAAAUUGAACUACCUGAAUGAUAACAAGUUGUUGGGUUAUGAAACGAAUCUGAACAUAAAAAUAAAAGGACACCCAUUUAUACAUAAUGUGCCCAACGGCCAACAAAAGGAGCACAAAAAGGAAAAAAGACACAGAUCGCUUUCUAAGUUUUACAAUAUGCACUAA